AUGUCGCCUUGGAACUUCAUUUUCGUGUCCCUGCUGGUUGCCUUGGUUACGACAGUCCUGCCAGCUCCCACUGAAGAGCAAGAGGAGGCGGAGCUUACAGAGGAUGUGGAGGGCGAGCAGUCCGAGGAAGAGGAUGACGACGACAACACAAAGGAGGGACCUCCUGGUGUCCACCAGACCGCAGGCGGGGCUUCAGGUCUCAGACCUCAGGCCUCAUCCAUGAUCCAUGUCAGCGGUGAGUCAGAACCCAGACCUCAAGCCUCAUCCAUGGUCCACAUCAGCGGUUCUCAGGACUCUGAGACUGGGGAACAAUCUGAUGGACCGGCCAGCGGCUCUGCAGGUUGGGAUGCACAACUCAAAGGUAACGGACAGAAGCAGUUGAAUGGAAGGGGAGGAGCCGAGGGACAAACAGGAACCAUUCAGACGCCCGUUCUCCACUUCUUGCACCAGCUGCUGGGUGGAGCCAACACAAAGACUUCACUUGCUGACAAUGCAGGUGACGUCAUCGGCCAAUGGAAAGGAGACCCCCCCUCUGACCAAUCACCAUCGAGUCCCGACUCAGAACACGCUCACUCCACUGCCCAGGAGGACCUACCAUUGUCGUCAUCACCAGGGGAUCAAGCAGGUGCAGACUGGCUUCAUGCUAACGGAAAUGGCCGACAGACCCAGCUGAGGGAAAGCCAAGGAGUGACCCUCGGAGAGCUUCACACUCACAGCCUCCCGUGGGCUGCAGCAGCAGGCACCAUCCAGUCCACAAGCCGCUUCCCCGUUGACCGUGUCGUUACAGGAUCAUCACUUGUGGUGGAGCCAACCCAACCGGCAGAUGUCGGCCCUGCCCACACUCUGCACUCAGGAACGCAGACAUGGCACACCGAUAUGGUUACCGUGGCGACGGCCUCAGUCUUUUCAGAGGCAACGGGAGCUCCGCUGGACUCCAGUGCUCCACAGGUGACCCAGGACUUCCACAAGGCUGGUGCUGCACAGGUGACCCAGGACUUCCACAAGGCUGGUUCCGUCACUGAACAGUACAACCCAUCGGGUCAGGGUCCUGAAGCUGCAGAGAACAUGGACCUGGAGGACACCUGCUGAAGUCCACCUCAAGCCUCGACUUUGGUUCUUACGCCGGCAGUUUGAGUGCACGGACCCAUCGGCACGAUCACACCUGUACCACUAGCCUUCAGGCCCCGCCCAGGG